GACGUCUUUGUGGGGGCUGGGUUUGAUCGCGAAAUUAAUGCGGACGCAUUUCCCAAGCCCUCUACGUCCAUAAAUAAAUGCGGCUGUGGGCCAAACUUUGCCGUCUACCACUCUGCCUGGCCAAAAUCCUUGGUUAAGUGAUCGCAUUGGCUAUAGUCAGGCCUUUGUUUUCUUAUAAUUUUUAAAAAUCAAUUCAAUUUGUUAUAACCCUGAAAGCAACGUUGAUAAAUUUCCAAAAAUUUCACGGUAAAUCCACGGUAAUCUUAUUUUGGGUUUGGGAAUGCGCGGGCGGUGUGAUAUUAUCCAACAAGAUAUCGGCAAUUGGGUAGCCACAGAAUGAGGCAGACCAAGAUCUACUCAUAUAAAAGCAUUACGCAAAAAGUGUCAAGCGAUCAAUCAUCGUAGUUACUGAGGGCAAACAAUCAACACUAUGGCGCCGAAUCUAUAUCUUUUCUUUAUGUUAGCCCUCAUCGCCUUCUCUGGAUCUCCUGCAGCGGCAUCAAAUUCCAAGUUAUGCUCGAUUGCCGUGCUCUCUAAAGCGCUUCCUGAGAACGCAACUAUUUUGUCCACCGACUUCAUCUUACCCGGUCAAUCACACGGCGAGGGCGCGGCUAAUCCUGCAUUUCCAACCAACCCUACUGAUCUGCCAGCCACCUGUGCUGUACUGGUAAAUGUGACCACCUCAGAGACGUCCUCCUAUCGAUUCGGACUGUUCUUACCCAUUACCACUUGGAACGAACGCUAUCUGACAGUCGGCAACGGCGGAUUUUCGGGCGGCAUCAACUGGCUUGACAUGGGUGCUGGUGUACGCUACGGCUUUGCAGUCGCAUCCACUGACAUGGGACAUAACUCAACCAUGACUGAUAUUACCUGGGCGCUGGGACAGCCUGAGAAACAGCUCGACUUUGGCUUCCGUGCAACCCACGGCACCACUGUCAUCGCCAAGCGACUUACUGAGACUUUUUAUGCAUCUAAGAUCAAUUAUUCUUACUACUCCGGUUGUUCGACAGGAGGACGUCAGGGCCUCAAAGAUGCGCAGCUCUUCCCAGAUGAUUUUGACGGCCUGCUCAUCGGAGCUCCGGCAUGGUGGACGACACACCUUCAGACGUGGACCGCCAAAGUGGGAUUGUACAAUUUGCCUCAAGAGGCUUCCAAUCACAUCGAUGCCUCCCUAUAUUCCUCCAUCGCUGCUGAUAUUGUUGCUCAGUGCGAUGCAUCAGACGGUGUCACUGAUGGUAUCAUUAGCGCUCCCCACGAGUGUAGGCUCGAUGUAGAUCGUUUGCUUUGCAACACUACCAACACUUGUAUCAGCCCAGAACAGGCGCAGACUGUACAGAACAUACAUUCGAACUACACCAUAAACGGUCAAUUUACGUUCCCAGGCUUGGAAAUUGGAUCUGAAGGCGAAUGGAAUGUUCUGUUAUCUGGUCCGGAGCCCGCACCACUGGGUGUCCAGUACAUCCAGAACAUGUUGCUUGAUGAUCCUCAGUGGCCGUGGCAGGAUUACACAGACUCCCUUGUUGCCUUGGCCGAUGAUGAAAACCCUGGAGAUGUCACUGCCGACGACUUCGCCGCCAUGUCGCAGUAUUUGUCAAACGGGGGUAAAGUGCUCAUGUACCACGGAAUGGCCGACGGGUUGAUUCCAACUGGUAGCUCGACAUACUUUUACGAAUCAGUCGCUCGUGAAAUUGCAGGUCACAGCAACAUCUCUGAUUCGUUCCGAUUAUUCCUAGUACCGGGCCUCCAUCAUUGUGUUGGUACUUCAGUUGACGCACCUUGGUAUUUCGCGGGCGCUAAUCAAGCUGGUAUUCUUGGAACCUCUAUCCUCUCGGUGCCAGGGUUUGAAGAUUCGAAACAUGAUGCUUUGAUGGCUCUCAUGGAAUGGGUAGAGAAUGGCAGAACUGUUGAGACUAUUGUGGCCACCACAUGGAUCAAUGCUACCGAUUCGACGUCGGAUGUACUACGCCAGCGUCCACUCUGCCCAUAUCCCGCACGUGCGAGUUUGAAGAAUAGCGAUAUCAUGAACUCCGCGGAUGCAUGGGUUUGCGAGUAGUUUUUAGGUUCCUCAUUUGUAUCUGGCACAUAUUGCUUCUAUUGGUAUACCGAAGGUCACGUCUCCGGAUGCCCGUCCGACACUAUGCCAUUGGUCCAAGCUCCCUACAUAUAUAUAACUUCUUUUCUCUCUUGGCUCUCUUAGAUAAUUAGAUUUUAAAAAUACAACA